GGCUAUUGUUUAGAAGCAUAAAUAGAGGAUUCAAUUACAAAGUGCGCUUUGCAUAGAUUUUUUCAAAGAGUUUGUCUCUGAAUUGAUCGUGGUUAGAGUUAAUGAGCAAAAUGGGCUGUGAACGGCUCUAUUCAUUAUGUUUCCUGUUCAGCUUUGCUUUUGUUGUUAGCUGUGUUCCAGCCACUCGUGAUCGUAGCCGUCGUGCGGCUGUGGAUUACCUUGCUACGGCCAAUAAGAUCCUUGAUGAAACACCUUUAGUGGAUGGGUGAGUUAGUCAUGUAUGUAGCUUUGAAAGACCUAACAUUUGUGUUUGACUCAGUCUAAAGGCAAAGAUGCGUUUUGUGUAUUGGAAAUAAGGUUAAGAACCAGCAAAUUACGAUAUAUUGUCUAAUCUGGGGCUCGAGUGUUGGCUCAAGCGAUGAAAGGCGGAUCACCUAUCGAACGCGCGCGCGCUUUCAGUUGAGAUACCACCUAGCACUGACAAUCCGUUUUGAAUUAGACAACUACCGUGAAUAACAGUUGCUGGCAACGAAAUCGAAAUUAAGUUUCUCCGGGAAUAUUUAUUCUGAUGAGUGGAUGCAGCCUCUUCGUUAUUUACGAUUCAAAAAUGCUUUCUUAAACCGAUACGAUGCGUUUCCACGGCAUACAUAUCCAGCUUACAAACGACAACGUAAAUCGCCUCCGCGAGCGAAGUGAAAUAAUUUUUGUAGCCGAAGAGGAAAAUCCUGAAGUCUCUCGACAGGGUCCAAGCAAUUCUUUACCUAAAACUCCCGCGGAAAAUUCUCAUACAACUGGCAUGCGGUAGACGUUUCCUGUUACAAUUGUAUCACGCGUGAAGAGAGUCGCGGUUAGCACUCGAGCCAUUUACGGACAGGCGGUGUGCGCACUCUGAUUGCGUUGCAUCGUGGUCGUAAAAGAAAAGUAAGUAAUUUGCAUCCUGUUGGUCGAGUGAAUAUCUCUGGCAGCCAGAAUAGCGUGAAUAUACGUGAAAAAUAAGGGGGAUUCACCGUCUGUUGCCUUUCAUUUGAAAGUUAAAAAGUGUUGACGGGCCUGCGCGGCUCCUGUGAUUCCUCCGCGACGAAUUCGCUCUUAGGAGGCAUCCUUCCCCGCCUCCUUUAAGGUGAAACGGAAGGGAGGGUUACCAUUCUGUCAAGAAGAGAGCUUCGAAUCGUAAUUUUAAAACUACAAAAAAAAACCUUAGCUUGGGAACUCACUUCAGCAGUAAGGGUAUUCCUUAUGGGAGUUACUACAUCACGGGCGACGAGCGGGGCAGGAAGAAAUGACCGAAAUACGAGUGGUCAGCGGGUAAACAAAUUUAAUACUUCAUAUAGAGACAUAUCAGUUAUAGUUGCGGAAAACAAUAGUCUUCUAAAGCCGAAAUGUCAACAGUAUACUUCGCUAAAUUAAACGUUAAGCAAUUUUUUAAAAGUGUUGAUGGCACAUAUAUCUGUUACUGCUGUAAUAAACAAUGGAGGUAUCGGAAAAGGUAUCGGUGGCAUCUGGAAAGACACCAAGAAGAAUUACGUUUUGUAACUUGCUGCGUGACGAAAAAAGAAAACCAAAACCGUGGUCCCCAAAUGAAUUCUCUCACCUUGCCCCAAAAAAUUUUCAAAUUUUCCGCAACUUCACCAGUUCCUAUUCGUAGGUCCGGCCAAGCCUAUAUGGUCAUUGGCUCCCGUAUAGCCACUAACUAUGGCUUAUAAAUACAGUAAUUUAGUGUUAAACUGUAAAACUCCCCGAAGAAGUCUACGACAGUUAAACGAAACGCGUCGGAGAAUAAAGAAAUUUUACAACUACCGUUCGCAGAGUGCUGCUAACCAGUUUAGUUUUAAAGAUUUUUUUUUAAAAAUGUGGUGCGAUAGCUGUGGUCAGUUUUUCCAUGCAGGUUGUCUGGAUGUACCUUUCGUAGAGACGUGGGGGGGCAAAGGCACCAACACAACAUUUCAUCUGCCGUUCGCUUCGAAAGUUAAGUUUUCAUCCCGAGUUCAUUUGUUAAAUAAAAAGAAAAAAAACACUUCGAACGGAAAACAGAAUUAUUUUAACGCCUGGGUCUUUUGAAAAAAGGUCUCCUAAACGAGUGGCCCUGAUUAUAAAUAUUUAAGCAUGGUAAAUACAUUAGCCUUAACUUGGCUGUUUCUCGAAGCUCAGUGUUUUCCUACAUGCUUUUUUUACGUGAAACGAGGCGAUUGAAUAUAUAUAAUAAACACUAAAAGAACUACAGCAGAUGGAAAUUUAAAAUUUCUUAUCUAAAGGCUGUGGAUACAAACUUAUUAAUGACUCUAAAAAUAUAAAAAAUUUAGAACGAAAUUUUUUUAGAGUUGCUUAGCUUUUCAUUUUUCCGGAAUCGAAAGUCGAGAUUGCAAAAUUCAAGUGAAAAGCAAACCGACUGCGAUUAAUGCCUUAAACAAGUCAAGAUACUGUUUUUCGUCAUACAACAAGUUACAUAUCGUAAAUAUCAUUCUUCUUGAUGCCUUUCCCGGUGUCACCGAUGCCUUUCCCGAUGCCUCUGUUGAUUAAUAUAGCAGUAAGAAUAUUGUUCCAGUCAAAGCGUUUGGAAAAUUGCUUAACUUUUGAAUUACCGAAGUAUAACCAGGUAACAUUUUGGCUUUACAACACGAUUGUUUUUUGCAAGUUACAAAACGUAAAUACAAUUUUUCUUAGUGCCUUUCCGAAUGCAACUGAUGCCUUUCCCGAUACCUGCAUUGUUUAAUAUAGAUUGUUUCACAUUUUAUUGAGCGAAGUAUACUGUUCACAUUUCGGCUUUACAACACUAUUGCUUUCUGCAACUACAACUGAUAUGUCUCUAUAUCAAGUAUUAAAUUUGUUUUCCCGCUGACCACUUGUAUUUCGGUCAUUUCCUCCUGCCCCGCUCGUCGCCCGUGAUGUAGUAACUCCCAUUCCUUAUUGCUGAAUAAGUAUUCCUUCCUGUCGAUUCGUUGUCUUGCUUCUCGGCACCGGCAUUCUCCGGCUUUUCCUUUUUUGCCGCGAGUUUUUCCUUUGCCUUUGCAACUUUGCCCAAUAUUGUGUCGUCCUCCUCAACGCUCCACUGAGCAAUCGAGAUAACUAAAAUACUGUGUCUGCAAUGCGAUACUUUUCCUGGGAAAUCUUGAUCCAUUGUCAUUGACGCUAGAGGUCCAUUGUCCCAUUGGUUUGCGGUUUCAGGAGGCGAGAUAUAAAGAAUAAUACACGAGCGCGCGUAGAUAUGGAAUUUCUCUUCGAGUGUAGCGCAGUGAACGAGUGAGAUGUCAAGUCGAACACGAGAAGGGAAAUUCCAUAUCCAUAAGCAACCAUGUAUUAUUUUGUUUAUCAUAUAAACACAUUAGCCGACUACAUUUAUAAAUGAAAAUAAAUGAAUCGACAAAUUCCGAGUGCGUUGGCGCUAACUCCCAAAUGGAAAAAUCCGUUGACUCAUGAUUACAAAAACAACAAUGGUCGUAAUUUUCAAUUUACAAAAGUCUCGUUUAUUGACUUUGUCCUUACCGACAGAAGAAGUCUUUCAGGUAAACGGCCAAAAUCAGCUGGUGGCAAAUCUUCCAGUUGUCGAUUUUCAUUCUCAGCCGAGAGAAAUGUUAACACCAAAGCCACUGAAUACGUAACUUUCGGUUUUUCUUUUAGUAUAUUGGUUUUUUUCCCCUUCUAGAAAAGUUUGAACCUCACUGUCUGUCAGCGAUACGAAUUUUUUAGCGUUUUAGCCGCCCUAAUUCGAGAAAGCUCCGACAAACAACUUGUAUUAAGAAUCGUGAGCUUAAUCGUGAGAUUAAGAAGCCAUUCAUUCAUCGACUUGUCCGUUGACAUGACCUGCCGUUCACAGUGACGUGUCAGCAGCUGAUUGGCUAUAUCAACACACGUGUAUGGUAGCCGAGGGCUGCCACUCAAAAUUUUACAAUUUUUCAAAGAUUUAAAGAUUUAAUAAUGAUGCGUGGUAUGCGUGGUAUCCCAAUAGCUUUCCAGGCCCGUUUGGCUCAGUUUCAAAUGCCUUCAUAACAGCACCAUCGUUGAAAAAUAUGUCCAAAUGACGAAGCCUUCUAUCAAGCAUCCUUAGACUCCACGCGGAAAGUCACGAGUGAGGAAAUCUAACAUCUCUCAUCUUUGUAAUCCUCGCUCGACAUAUUUUAGCAAAGCCUCUUUAAGAUCGGCAUUAUUUUUCCACAAGGCCUCUCUGAAAUCUGACAUCGAAAUACUAAAAAACUCUUCUAAAUCACUCAAGAUCAAAACUACUUCACAACUUGAGUAUAUGGACACAACGCACGAUGGGACCUACAAUCACGCCCGCACAGUAUUAUGGUAGUGACAGCCCUCAGCCACAGCGAUAUUCACUUGGACUUUUGUUUUGAUUUGAUAUUGAGUUUAUUCUUUAUUUCGACGUGAAUUGCCCUUGGAUUUCAGUUUAAUUUUGGAAUGAUUUUUACUUUGAUAAUGCAAUUACUUUUGCUUUUAAAUUUGCUUGCUACUUCAUUUUACUUUCAAUCGUUCUUUUUCCUUUGUUUUGCAGUCACGUUCCAUUUUACUUUCAGUUUUGAUUUAUUUUUUCUUUUAUUUUUUUUAAUCUUUGAAAAAUCGUAAAAUUUUGAGUGGAAGCCCUCGACCACCACACUAGUGUGUUGUUACGGCUCCUCUCAGGGCUGGAAAUAUAUGUUAUUCACCAGAAGGGAGGUCCGUAUUGGGAAAAACUGUGCCCGAGGCCUUGGUACACAAGACAGAGGGCACAGUUUUUCCCAAUACGGACCGACCUUGGCUGGUGAAUAAUAUUUGUAUUUUUUUCUAAAACCUGACAAAUGGUUGCGAAAACAACCUGAACGAUAAAGGGCUGUAAUUACGGCAAGAUUCUCCAUAAAUGGAACAAUUUAUGAGCGAGUAGAUGGUAAAGAAAACAAGGGUAACGCAAAUGAAAGAGAGAGGUUUCAUCAAAACAUAUUUAUUUGCUUAAUGAUAUUAAAAGGUGAUUUAAAAGACUUCCAAGAAAACUUCGAAACAUUUUUUCGGAGAACACUGCCCGCUCUCGGAACCAAUCACUUAGAAAUUUUGUAAUGUUCCUACAAUAACGCGUUUUCGCAGCCAUAACCGGUCUCAAACACUAGCACUUAAAAUGCAUAAAACACGAGUACUGUUGAAGUGCGUUUGAGAGCGUUUGGUUGGAGCUGUUGCAGAUGGAUCAAAGCGGCCAUCUUUACCUUUGAAAGGCUUCCAACUACGACGUACAUCAAAUUUGACCUUCUUGAAAACCGGUCUCAAAAUACAUACUAAAAACAGUGAUCGCGUUUGUCCCCAAGAACCGGUGAAUACGUGACACAUGUGAAUCAUAACUACACACAGUCAGAAUAAAUCAAAUUACAUUAGCCUAUGGUGAAAAGAAAAAAGAACGGCCUAACUUUUGCGGAAUAUUCCUUCAAAAUCUACUGAUUUCUACCGAUUUCACCGCCACAAUAAAAGUAACCGUUACCACUAUGCAACGGAAUCGGAGUGCGCCCACUGCCUGGUUUACGCACGUGUUGCGAACAGAACACUUCGCACUGUCUAGAUAGAUUGACCAGUCUGGCAAUUACAAGAACAGAUACAACCACGUUUCUGAUAAUGGAGACUUUCAUAUUAACUUUUAUUUGUUUAAUCCAAAGAGGAUCACAAAAGGCUGCACUGAAGUCGAACACAAGAUAGUGCAUAAACUUGACUAAAAUAGUUUUAACCAUUUACUUAUAAGAAUAAUAUUUUCGAAGCGUUUUGUUGACAAAACACCCCCCCCCCCCGUCUGUCUUAAAUUGGCGUCUAUCAUAGGUUUAAUUAUAUGAGUCUUUUUCCACUUUGUGUCUGGUUUCAGUAUUUCAUUUCAUAAUUCUUCGACAGCGCAUUUUGUUUGAAGAUGUUAUCGAUCAGUCAACAAGUCGCGUAAAAGAAGUGUUCCCAAAUUCUAGGAACCAGAAAUUAGGUCUUUUUAAGCAUAAAACUGUCAUGUAUUAAAUACAUGUCUAGAUAGAAUUACUUCGGGAACUGAUCUGUGGUCAGGCAAAGUGUACUUGUUUAAAAUGCAGAUUCACCUUAUAGUAGAAAAGCCUACUGAUACAACACUAACAUCGGAAAUGCUAUGAUGUAUUACUGAAACUCAAUAAAAAAAAACUCCGAAAGAGGGGUUUAUUCAAUUCAUUUGUGUGUAGGAUUCGCGUAUUUCUUUGUUAACGAAAGUUUGGUUAAAACAUGUUAGUUUGAUGCGACCACCACAAAAUUUGGACCAGUUGAGGUUGACCGCGUAAAGCAGAUACCACAUAUUUGGGAUAUUGCAGAGAAACGGUGAAACGUCAUUUUGUGCCAUAUUUGGCCACUCAAUGUACGAAAACUCGAUCCAAAAUACUACGAACAUUGAUUCCGAGAGAAAAAUAUAGAGUGAAUUUUACUUGAAAAAAAUUAUCCUUUAGUUUCAUUUGAGUGGUCCCGCUCUAAGUGCAGGACUGUUCAAUACAGGUGGAGGACAAUACAAACAGGCCGCUGGGACUCAGUAAAGGGAAACUUACAUUAAUUGAAGGGAAUAAAUUCCGGGAAUUUGAAAACCGGCCGCUUGAUACAGGGUAAUAUAGAUUCGAUUGUAGUUUUGUAAACUCGUUCAAAUGAUCUUGGAAAUCGUUAAUUUAUCAGGAUCUCCCGCCCUCCAGAGAAAUGUAAAACGCGCAAGAGCAUUCCCUAUCGAUGCUUAGGCCUGUGAUAAUGAGAUACAGUUUUCGAAGCCUUAAAAGUCAUUUUCCAAUCGAUGUUUUCCUUUCAAAUUUUUUGCAGGUUUGUGAUCUUUUCGUUUGCAAUUUGCAUUUACUUUGUUUUUUUCUUUCCCUCUUUUUUCUCAAAUACAUUUUUGACCGAGCUAUGAUUUAAUUCAGGCCAGUUUCUUUGCAGACACAAUGAUAUUCCUUAUCAGAUCCGUAUGAAGUACAAGAACAGGUUUGAAAAUCUGACUUUUGACACGGAUGAGUCAGGAUGGCAUACAGAUAUACCCCGACUAAGAAAAGGAAAAGUUGGCAGUCAGGUAAUAUUAAACGCUAUUUAAAUACAGCCUCUGUGUGAUUGGGUUAUUUAGCAAUGCUACAUUUAGGGAGAAACUUCCUUAUUUAGAGCCUAAGCUAUCAUUUCUAUUUCUGCCUGGCAGACUUGGAAGUGAUGGAAUAUGAUUACAAUGGCAUAUCAAAAAUCAAACAAGAGCAAACCAACAAAUGACAAGUCUUUAUACAGAGGAUGGGCGUGGCAAUGAAUUGUCACUCUGUGUAGAUAGAAUUUGCAUUCAAAAUGGCGCAUGUGGUUUGUUGUGGACAAAAGAAUCCUAUUGCUUCAGAAUGGUUUUUUUAGUUGUUUUCGGUAUGUUUAACUUUAUUGCUUAACUUGAAGUAUGCUUAUCAACUUGCAAACACAUAUGAAAAGCAAUUGCCUACAUUGCCUUAAUUUACGCAUGUGCUUUUAACUGAAAAGUCAUUGCUAACAAUGCCCUAAUUUACGCUCGUGUUCUUAUAAAAUCACAAUAUUCCGUCCUAGGAAGUGUCUCGAAGGUGGGUACCAGAUUCUAAUGCAAGUGGGUAUCCUAACACAAAAUUGAUAUCAUACUGCUCACGUAAUCCUUAACCUACGAUUUUCACUUGACGUAUACAGUUUUGGGCAGCCUGGUCAUCAUGUGAUGUACGACUGAAAGAUGCCGUGAGAAUUGGCCUGGAACAAGUGUCUGUCAUUCAUCGACUAAUUAACAAGUAUUCAAAUGACUUGGUAUUUGUGAAGACAGCGCAAGGUAUUAGAGAUGCAAAGAAGAAUAACAAGAUUGGAUCUCUGAUUGGCCUAGAGGGUGGUCACAUGAUUGACUCGAGCUUAGCCACUCUACGAAUGUUUUAUAAUCUUGGAGUUAGAUAUAUGACGCUGACUCAUUCCUGCAACACUGCAUGGUAAGAUGCCUCCUUUUUUCAAUAUUCUAGAAAAAAUCAAGCAAAUUCUUUAGUAUCAGCUUUUGUUCCAUGUUUAGAAGAAAGCAGUACAACAUGAUUGAAUUACUUGAAGAUCUAGUUGCACAAUAAUUGAUAAAGUAUUGUGCAGGAACUGAACUAUAAGAACAAAAUGUGCCUGCCAACUCUUCUUUGAUGUUCACAUAUUUCAAGCACUAUAAUUAAUGUCCUUCUCAAUUAAGUUAACAAUUGGUCAAGAAGCUAGAAUUGCUCGAGGCCGAGAGCAACUCUUACGCAUCUUUCGUGCUCUCCAAACUUCGCAAGUGCUUCAUAUCUCGAUGAACGCACAGCUGACGUAUGAACCAAUUGUUUUAUAACAUUUCAACCCAAUGGAAAAUUUUUUUCUCAAGGGAUUUGUUUGCUGACGUCAUGAGUGUGCACAAUAGGAAUAUGAAGCACGCUUACGCAAUUGAAUUAGAUUAGACAACUAUUUUAUAAUAUUCAUUUGUACGUCUUUGUGAAUCAGAUGUUGAGAGUCUUUUUAAUGGAUCAUGGGCAGAAAAAAAUGCCCUCUAUAAAGACGACUAAAGGUUCUACAGAGAAUUUAAUGAAAGAGACAAAUUGUAGGGUCUGUGCUUCUAACUAGAUUAAGAAGUCUAUAGAGUGAAGCUAUCCUCUUCGCUCAGUUUCUUGGUCUUGUCGUUACUUCAGGGCUGAUGGGUGGACAGACAAACUUUCAGGAGAGAUCCAUAAUGGUCUUACAGACUUUGGAAAGGUAAAUAUUAUAAUUAUAAACAUGCAAAUGGUUUCCACACAGCACUAUGUUACAUGGCGCUAUGCUGAGAUUGUCUUCUGGUAACAUUAAGAGUGCUUUAGAAAAGUUGAAGUGGCCUCAGAGCUAAUAGACUGUAUGAAAUUGUAUGACUGUGUAAAGUUGUGCUUGUUUUUUAAUAUUCUGAUGCAAUUCUCGGAUGGCAAUCGAACAAAGACCAAGGAAUAAGCGGAAACGUUGAAACAACGACUCGAGGUGAAGAAAACAAGUUCUAAGUUCUUCCGAUUGUUAAAAAAAAAGGAAAUCAGUGGCUUCUUCGUUUUCUGAACUCAACGACUCAAACAACAAAAAUAAGGCCGUUGUUUAUUUCAUUGCUCUUAGUUUUGUAGAAAUGUCCAACUACAAAAUUUCCCUCGUUAAAUCUGUGUUCUAGUGUAAGUUGCCGCUCGUUCAACUUUCCCAACGCACGAGCAAGAAUUUUCUCUCACAUCAUCAUUAUUUUGAACCAGCAUUUUAAGAAAUGUUUGGGUUCUCUAGGAUGAAAAAAAAGGUUUUUAUUCAGAAGAUACCACGAUACGGGUGAAGGCCAUGAUACACAGAAACGUGUCCUGUUCCGUUAGCGUAUUCUUAGAACCGCUGAAGUCUGCGUUCUAGCAUGCCGUGUGUCUGUUUUAUUUUUUUUUGUUUAUCGCUCUUGCUGUUUCUCUGAUUUUAACCUUGCCAGUUUCCAUGGAAUCUUAUGUAUGACGCCGUCCUGUUUGCUUCACUCUAGGCUGCACCAGUUGUGACCGAAAUGUUUUGUGCGAUUUGAAAACGUUUCGAACACGUAAGAGAGAGCCGCAACUGAUUUGAAAUCCUGUGAAGGCUCUUUUGCAACUUUUGAUUUCAAAAUUAAUUUUAAAAAAAAUAUCCAUCAAUCAAAGCAAUUCAGCAACGGUCUACGAUUCAUAGAUUGAUGCGGUAGUUUCCACCGUACGUCGACUCAGUCGAUUACUGUUUUUCUUCGAGUCAUACAAAGAUAUACAGUAUAAAGUGUUUGAGCAUGUUUUCGUAUCUUGCAAUUGUCAAAUCCACUGUUUAUAUCCUUAUCGAUCAUGGUCGCAAGGGUUACGUAACGCUAUAUAGAUCUAUUAGCAAUGUUGAAACUGAACUGAGUGAAACAAUGAGGUGCACCCCAGCGAUUUAAGGACACACAACAAUUUUCCAUUGGAUUUGGAAUGUGUCUGCAUUGGUGAUCCCUUACUAUGGUCUGUGAGUGGUCUAGAUAACGUAACGCCACCCACGCGACCAUUUAGAUGCAGACCUCAAACCUAUCACGGCCUUGUUACAUACAUUUUCCCGUACUUGAGGCUUUUUCCUGUAUUUCCCUGAAGCUCUUAUUGGGUCACUGUUAGAAUAUUUUGAAUAAGUCGCUGGCCAUUAGUUUAUAUUUGCUCUUACUGGCUGUUUUGAUCACUUUGGUGUCGUUACGAUUUGUUGGAAAACCAAUAUACACUACGUAUCACUUAAUUCAAAAUGAUAAUUUGUUUUCUUCAACUCUUUGAAGAAGAGCUUAAAAUGACUGUUCUUUUGGCAAGCCUAUAGUACAGGCUGGGCUAAGAUGGUGAUGAUUUCCAACAAGUAAGUCUACUGUAACGCACUUGGUCUCCUGUAACUUUCGCCUUUCGGAGAGGCGAAAGUUACAGGAUUUGUCAUCAACGAUAAAACGCGCAUUACUCUAGUCUCUAAAUAAAGAUCUUAAUUUAAAUUUCAGCUUGUUGUACUUGAGAUGAACCGACUGGGAAUGCUUGUUGAUCUGUCACACGUUUCCUUUGAGACAAUGACUAACACUCUUGAUGCUGUUAAAGCCCCUGGUAUGUAGCUGAUAAGAAAGAAUUUCCUUUCCACCUUCCGACUUGGUUUGUUAUCCUUCUUUCACCUUAUAACCUCCAAUGUCUGAUUCUUCAUGUUAUUGCGAAUUAGUAGAGUGGAAUUGAUGCAAUCUUAAACCAAAUUAUGAUAAGUUUGCUUAUUGUUGCAAUUUAUUUCCCAGAAAGGGCACUAAAAUUGUAAGCAGAGGCAACAUUUCAAUUACUUUGGUAGGAUUUAAUAGAUUUUAAUCCUCUCUGCUAUGACUAACCAAUAAAGUCAGAGAUGCAUUUGGUUUCAUAACAUAAUGCCUUUGAUAUAAUUCUUAGUGAUAUUUAGCCAUUCCUCUGCGUAUGACAUUCACUGUCAGCAUGGCCGCAACGUUCCAGAUUACGUCCUUCAGAGAAUGGUGAGUUAGUGGUACUCAUGCUUACGCCAUUCAGUUAUCGCAGUAGUGUAUGGUUGUUAUAUAAAUCAGCAAAAUGUGGAGGAAGAUGCGUUCCUUCAGGGUAGAGGAAGCGUCGAGGAUUUUGUUUCAGUUAGGGAACACUUAAAGCAAAGUUUGAUGGAAAAAUUCGAGCAACUAUUUUACUGAUGUUUCUUUCCUGCUUUUUUUUUUUGGCAUGAAAGCCUGAUAAUGGAGGGGUGGUUAUGGUGAACUUUUACAGUGACUACAUACAUUGCAACAAGAGCGAUUCAUCGAAAAAAGGCACUAUUGCAUUGAAUGCGACCUUAGAACAAGUGGCAGGUGAGUCAGGACAACUGUUUAAAUAGAGCAAAGACCCAAGAAAAUUUCAUUUUGCCAUGUUCGAUCUUCCUUCUCCCUCAUGUACCUCUUCAUCUUUGGACCCUCAGGGACAUAUUUCUCGCGAGGAGGAAGGGGGGAAGUCAUUAACAGUUUUCACCCAGUUAGGAUGCCUCUCGGGCUAUUGCAGCUUGGUUCAGUUGUUUGAACCUCAAAUAAGGUCAGAUGCCCAUGCAAACUGUUAACCAGAAUUGAUGGGGGACAUUGAAAUGCAGUUCCUUUUUUGUCUGGUUUCAGAUCACAUUGAUCAUAUUAAGAAGGUCGCAGGAAUUGAUCACGUGGGCCUUGGAAGUGAUUAUGAUGGUGUAACUCGGUAAGAUACCUACGUUAUUUUCUUUUAUCCUUUUUUUUUUCUUAGGAUUACUUGAUUCCUAAGUAUUGAGGAAUUACCUCAAGUGAUCAGGGUGACAUACAAACCUGUACGUGCACUUGUACCUCAUGUUCCAAUUCAAGAAAACAACUACAUUAUUUUUUCGAUUACUGUCAACAAAAUUUGGUUAAAACUUUCAAAAUUUCGUUUUUUUCCUCUUUUGCUAGUGAAGCAGUUAAGUUUAAGUCUUGGUAAAAAAUUACAAACUCUCCUCGAGUGCCCAACCUUCUCGAGUGCGUCACCCUGUAGGUUGGAAAAGUUAAUAAGGGCCACUCCCGCCACCUCCGCUCCUAAAAAACAAAAAUUUGAUUGAAGUAUACAAGAGGAGUAUUUCUUUACUGGCUUGAAAUCUGUAAAUUAACUGUUUUUGGUACGUCUUUUAUUUAUUGUUUUAUUUUAAAAUAAACUAACAACUUGCCGAAAAUGGUGAGAAUUUUAAUAGGGCCCCAUCUCGAAUGAGCGCCCUUAAGUUUAAUAAGCGCUAAGAGUGCUUAAUCGAGUAUAUACGGUGUCUAAGGUACUUUACAAAAAAGUGAUUAUAUAUUUCAGCUUACCAAAAGGGCUGGGGGAUGUAUCAAAGUUUCCUGAUCUUAUUGCUGAACUCUUGAAACGAAAUUAUACUGAAGAAGAGGUAAAAAAGGUGGUUGGUGAAAAUCUCAUCAGGGCUUUUGAAAAAGCUGAAGAGGUCAGUGGAACGUUAUGAAGUCAGUAUACUAUUAGAUGAAAACAUUUAUGCCUUACUGGAGGGCUCAGCUGCCAGGUGAUUAUCAGUGUGGCUAAAGCUAAAAUCUUGGACAAGACUUACUUCCCCAUUUUAGAACAAGUCCUGUUUGGUUCAAUAUAUUUUAUCUUAGGUGCAAUUUUUUUUCUUUCCUUUCAAGAUUUAGACGGGGCUUUCAUUUAAUUGUCACAGUAACGUUUAAAACGCCAGAUAAUAAAUGUUGGGGAAAGGCCCCUACUCACGCAAGCCUCUUUAUUCAGCAUGUGUUUGUUCUUCGCUUGUUUUUUUGUUUUGUUUUUCUGAUACGAUUUGUAUGGCAGUUAAUUUUCGGGAUACUAUUAAGACCCUCGUUUUCUUAACUCAGAGUUGGCAAUGGUAAGAGGACGAAGUAGACGCAGACGACUGCGAAACGGAAGUCCGAUUAGUUAAUUAAGAGUAUGAUCGCAUUCAGAAUCGGACGACACAUAGGCCUGUCUGGGAUUAUUUCAGAUUAUUUUAUGUCAAAGUAGAGUAAUUUAAUUUUUUUUCCGAAUCGUUAAAAGAGUUAAUGCUUUUUAUCUUUUGUAUAAAUAGAAAACAUCAGUUACACAAAAUGUUCUAUCUAACCCAACCAUCCUAAGAAAGAACUUUGCGUGCGUUGUAUGCUUAUGUUUUCUUCGGGAUAACCCUGCGCGUAAAUAACGCGCACAGCACAAUUAACACAGUCAUGACAUGAUAACUGUCUCAUUGUAACCAAUCACGUUCGUUAAUGUUAUCGUUUUGAUUUUACUGGAAAUAAUAUGUGAGAAGUUGAGAUGAAAAUAAGGAAAAGGAGAACCAAUAGCCAAUAGUGAUUCAAGUUAACAGCAUGGCGUUAAUAUGCUAGACAUGAUCAUAAAACAUCUUGGUGUAGAAACUCCACCAAAUUUGACUGGAUGUAAUUAAUUUUGUGGCUUUUCCUUCGUCAUGAAUAUCAAUUAAGAGGUUGUAUAUCUGAGAGUCGGUAGUAUUUUCUGGUUUUGUUCUAGGUUGCUAAAAAACUACAGAAGGAACGACCUCCAUACGACGAGUAUCGAUUCUUCACCAAUGUAACUUGCAGACCGAAUUACGGAGGCGGUUUGACAGGUUGGGUUCCAAAAUACAACAGAACAAUCACAGCAGUACCUUUGGUAAUCUGAUGGUCUUCCUGGAAAAGAUAAGAUCCGACUGGAUUUGCAGUUUAGUGAAAGAAGCUUGUUUGGUUGUAUGACACAUAACCUAACGAAGGACUCAAUACAUUUUUAUAACAUAACUAUAGAAUCGACAAAUCAAACGCAACUAUAGUGGAGGUUUCUGUAAUGAUGACAAAUCAAACGUAAUCAUGAUGAAUUGGUUCCUUCAUCAGCCUUAAGUGAUCUUGUCUUUUGUUAGUUUUACUGUGAUAAAUAAAGAAAAAAUGAGGCCGUUUUUC